UUGGCAUGUGAAGAAGCCAGAAAAUCAACUCUGCACACAUGGUGCACUCAUAAUAUUGUUUUGCUCCAUAUGAACAUCUGGACCUUGUUGCUUGCUUGUGAUUUGCAGAGAGAGAGAGAGAGAGAGAGGCAGGUGAAUCACUCUGCAUGUUUGUCAUUUGGCUGCCCACUGGAGCUUCAUGAGGAGUCUUGUUUUUCCAAUGCAAAGAGCCAAGAGAGGCCCUGCACAAGUCCCUGAUGGGAAUUUGUUGGGUUCGAGGCCUUGAAGAAAGCCGGAAUUGUUUCUGCCCAUUCCAGCAAGGAUAAAAAGCUGAAGCUUUACUUGCUUUCAAGAGCACAGUUGACAGUUCCCUACAAUUGGCUGGUAAAAUCAGGAGAUAUCCACAACCAGAAUGUGUUUACUAUCAUAAACUGAAAGACCUGUGUGCUGUUUCUUGUGUCAGGGAGAUGCAUUUGGAACUUCCCAAUAAAGAUGGACUGCUGAGGAGAUGCAUCUAAAAGUUGGAAUGACUAUGAAGUGCAGGGGAAGAGUCUAAGGGAGUAAAACACAGAACAUUCAACCGGCAGCUUUCUGUGAGGAAGCAAGAUGGAUAUACACAGAUACAUAGACAGCUAAAUGAAAUUGGUGGGUCUCGGCGUGGUACAUGUAAGCCACAUGUGGAAGAGUCAAGAGAGGUUUCGGAGAUUCUGUCCACUUUCACCACAAAUUAGAAAGAUUGAAUUGUCACAUUCCAAAGCAUCUUUGUCUUCAUUACAUUCUUCAACACAAUUUCAAGUAAAUUUAUACAGAUCAAGGAAAACAACAAUAGCAGUACCUAUUGGUGGGGAUAGCAGUAUUCCAACACUCACACCUGUACAGGCUACUGAUGGCAAGAAAGCAAACAAACAGAAAGUAGCUGCAAUUGUAGGAGGUGUUGUUGCAGCUUUUCUUGUUCUAAUCACUGGAGUGAUUGUGUACUUCUGCUUGAUGCGUCUCAAAAGAUUAGUAAGGAGAUCAUCUGAUACAGCAUCUUCUGUUCCGUCGGCUCCUGCUCUGUGGGAAAGAGAAAAUAUUUCCCCUGGUGCUGGUGCUGUCUCUCCUUACAAUACCCAUAACUUUAGGGAAUUUUCAAUUCUGGAGCUUCAGCAUGCCACUGGAAACUUCAACCAGAAUAAUAUUAUAGGACAAGGAUUAUUUGGCUUGGUUUACAAAGGAUUGCUAGAUGAUGGAUCUAUUGUUGCCAUCAAGAGACGUCUGUACUACCCAAUUCAAUGUUUUGUCAAUGAGGUAAAGAGCAUGGCUUUUGUUCACCAUAAGCAUCUUGUCAAGCUGUUGGGCUGUUGUGAAGAAAACCAGCAGCAGUUUCUUGUCUAUGAUUAUCUUCCAAAUGGAAAUGUUGGGAACCAUUUAUAUGAUAGUGAAGGUUUACCCAUUGGAAAACUUGAGAUGCGGCAGAGACUACUAAUUGCUUUAGGUGCGGCAAAAGGACUUGAGCAUCUUCAUUAUUUGGCGCCUCCUAUCCUCCAUAUGCACUUCAGAACAAGAAAUGUUCUAGUGGAUGAAACUUUCACUGCCAAGGUUUCUGAUUUUGGACUCUCCAAAUUGUUGGAAGAGGGUUAUCAUACUGAAUCAUCUUCAGCAUUUGAUUGCUUUCAAGAUCCAGAGUUGAGAUCAUCGGAGGAUUAUUCAGAGAGAAGCGAUGUUUACAGUUUUGGGGUCUUCUUGCUGGAGUUGAUCAGUGGACGUGAAGCCCUUGGCACGAAUCAAUCAGACAUGCAGGAAAACCUGGUGUUGCAAGCAAAGAGCAGCCAUAGCUGGGGAAAUUUCGUGGACAAGACAGCAAGAGACCACACAACAGAAGCAGUGAAACAGAUGAUGGAGUUGGCAUUGAUUUGUACAGAUAGCAGUAGUAGAAGGCCUGAAAUGAAGAGGGUGGUGGAGGAGCUAGAGCGGAUUCAAGAGAGGGACAUUAGUCGAUUCAGUCCUGGACUCAGCCAAGAGAUUGGCAUUGUGGCUCUUGGUAGUGAGCUCUUCAAAUAAGCAAACGCCAGAAUGGGGAUCUAUAUAUUUUCAUUCUUUCACCAUCUGUUUGUAAUGAUUUCUUUCUUAAUGCCCCUUUUUCCCUCUCUUUUCCUGCAAAUUAGUCUGCAAUCAUGCACUAAUAUUUUAUCCAUCAGUCCAAUUUAGAGCUUAAGUUUAUAAUAA